CAAGCAAUGCUUCCAAUUCCUUUCCUUCUCCUCCUCCUCUCCUCCAUCCUCUCCCCCUCCUCCGCCGCCGACUUCUGCGUCGCCGAUCUCUCCCUCCCCACUAGUCCAGCCGGAUUCUCCUGCAAGAAAGAAUCCACGGUCACCAUCUCUGAUUUCGUCUUCUCCGGACUCGGCGUUGCCGGAAAUACCAACAACAAAUUCAAAGCUGCCGUAACCCCCGCCUUCUCCCCGCAAUUACCGGGCCUCAACGGCCUCGGCAUCUCCGCCGCUCGCCUCGACAUUGCAAUUGGUGGCGUAGUACCUCUCCACCUUCACCCCGCCGCCUCCGAGGUCCUCGUAGUUAUACAGGGCUCCAUCAUAGCUGGCUUCAUCUCUUCCUCCAAUUCAGUUUAUUAUAAGACGCUGCAUAAAGGAGAUGCGAUAGUUUUUCCCCAAGGCCUGCUACACUUCCAGGUGCAGAGUGGCGGCUUGCCGGCGGUCGCAUUUGGUUCUUUCAGUAGCCCGAACCCGGGAUUGCAGAUUGUGAGCCUUGCGUUGUUUGCGAACUCUUUGCCGUCGCCGCUAGUGGAGAAGGUGACCUUCCUCGAUGAUGCGGAGGUUAAGAAGCUCAAGAAGGUCUUCGGGGGAACCGACUAA